AUGGAAAAACGGAAAGCAUCAAAAUAUAUUGUUGGUUUUACUAUUCACUCGGGUAAAGCAUUUGUUACCCCAAAUCAAGCUCCAAUAGAUCCAUUAGUGGUGGUGAGAUGUUCCGGUAGAGAAUUUAGAACAAAAGUAAAGUACAAAAAGUUAGCUGUAGCUCAAUGGGAUGAAACUUUUGCAUGGAAUGAUCUGAUAUUGACAGAUGCAGAGUGGGAAACUUCCUACAUAUCCUUUGAAGUACAAAGUGCUAAUUCGUUGUGGAAAAAUGAUGUGAUUGGUCAGUGUUCUAUUCAGUUGAAAGUACUUAGAAAUAGAAAGAACCACUUUUUGAAGAGACACUUUACUAUUACAGAUUUGAAUGACACAUUUCCAAAGGGUUUACUAUAUUUGACAGUUUAUGCAUGUGGACCGAAAGAUACUCCACCGACAACCGAUAUAUUAGAGCUCAUUAAUACGGAUCAAGAUGAGAUAGAUUCUGAAUUUGUAGAUUUUACUUCACAGAUAGUAGAUAUAACAAGGAAAGAUUCUCAAAUGAUGGUUUUAGAAAAAGAGCUCCAAAUGUACCAUUUACAUAUAAGUAUAUAUAGAGUUGAAGAUCUACUAUACAAAAGAGGACUUAGAGAUCCAUUUGUGACUGUUGAAUUUAGUGGAUGUAGAAUGCAAACAACUAUUGCAAGAGGUGUUUUGGGACAUAAUUUUAAUGAAUGUUUUCGGUUACCAGUAGUAUUACCUGUAGUAGAAGAUAAUAUAUUAAUAAAAUUAUGGGAUAAUUCAUACAAUCCACCUAAGAUUAUUUCGCAAGGAAAAUUUUCCUUUGCAAAAGUAAGGAUAGCUCCAAUCCCACCUCGCUGGUACAAUUUUUAUGGUAAUUCUCAGAGUGAAUCUUUUGAAACACAAAAUUCUGAAGAUCAAGGUUCAUAUUUUACUGAGAUACUUGAGUCAAAUGCAGAUACUUAUCUAGGGAGACUGCUAGUAUCAAUUAAAACAGAGCUACUCCGCAGCAAAAAUCAAUUAAUGCCUGCACAAUUAAUGGCAGCUCAACCAAUAGAUGAUUUAUACUCUAUUCAAUGCCAUAUUGUUGCUGAUGUAUAUUCCUUGAAGGGAACAAUUGGAGAUAAAGCAUGCGUUGAGGUAUCAAUAGGCCCUGUUAAACAGAGAAGUGAGUGGGUAGAGCGUGAUUAUAAUGUAUUUAGUGAAUCCAAAUCAAAAGUAAGAGGUAUUGAAUUAUUUGAAACUAAAAACCAACAUCAAAUGGAUAAUUUUACAUUUGGAGCUACUCAAGGAAGAAUACCUGAAAUAGAUAUUGAAUACUCUUCAAAAGAAGAGGAUGUAUGGGACAUCAUAAUUUCAGUUUAUACAAGUGAAAAACAAAUUAUAAAGGAUUCAAACUGGGCAAGUCUAAUGGGGAGAAAAUCUACAGAUAUGUUUAAAACAAAAAGAGUUGCCUAUAACCGUAUUAAACUUAUGGAUAUACCUGAUUAUAUCGAAAAUAAUCCAACAAUACCAGUAUGGAUACCUCUAAAGCAAACAAGAGAAGGCUGGAUACAAAUGGUUAACGAGAAACAGAUGGAAAUAAAUAACUACUUCAAGCACACAUUUGAAGACCUAAAAGAUAAAACAGAGAAUAAUACACAGAAAUUAAAUAUAGAUUUAUAUAAUAUUGGAUCGAGUGCAAUAUUAAUAUCUAUUGGUAAACUUUUGGGACCAGUACUUCAUAGGAGCAAAAGACACACUAUGAAAGAUAUUGAAUACGAGCUACGUUGUUAUAUUUAUGCAUGUAGAAAUUUAUAUGAAGAUUAUAGCUUAGGAUUAACAAAUCCAUAUGUCGUUGCAUCAUGUAGUGGAGUUUAUACUACUUCAUCUGUAAAAAGUGAAACAUCUAACCCAAGCUUUAUGGAGUGUUUGAUACUAAGACACACAGUAGCUACUGAUUCUAUUACUUCAAAACCAACUGUUGCACCAAUAACAAUUAGUGUUUUCUCAAGACAUAGUUGGGGUAAAAGAUAUAUUGGCUCUUGUACAUGUAUAUACGAUCGCUUAAGAGGAAGGUUACAAAAUAAUGAAUUUAUAGAUAUAUUGGAACCUUGUUGGGUUAAACUUAAGGGUGGGAAAAAUUUUCAUACACAUGUCGGUGAUAUUCUAUUAUGCUUUGAUAUUAUAAAAUUAAAAGAUGCAAAACUAAUCCCACCUCAACCAUUGUUUCCUAAAUUAAAAAAGGUACAACUUAUCUUUACUUCAGCAAUGCUAAAUGAUCUAUCUCUAAUAUCAAAAGCAAAUAUUGAAGAAACAAGACAGAAGAAACUUUCAUUGUCAAAAGACAUGAACUUUCAAAAUCAAGGAAUCAUUGGAUCAGAAAUAGAAAAAAUCAGAAUGAUUAUGUCAAAUAAUGAUGAUUUCUAUUUACAAUAUAAUGAGAAAAGUAAUUUAAUUUCAGAAUCCAUAAACCAACCAAUAAUAGAACUUAUUGUAAGUUCAUUUGGGAAAGUUGAUGCAUCGAUAAGAAAUGAAAAUGAAUCAACAGAUAAGUACAAUGCAAAGGAUAAAAGUGGAAAUGAAACAUUAUCACAUACUAGUAUUCCAGAAUUUCGUUAUACAAUACCAUGGAGGUCAAUAACAACUGCUGGGACAAGUGAAUUCACAAAUAGAAAGUGGCAAACAACUGCAGGAUCAAAUUUUGAGUUUUUCACAAGUGUCACACUAGAUAUAUAUAUUCCCAUAUCUCCGUUAUAUGACCCAAAAGUAACUAUAAGAGUAUAUGAAGCUGCUGUUGAUGAGAGUACAUUAAUUGGAGAAUGCGUACUACCUUUAGUUUCUUUUUUACCAUGGAUUCCAGAUGUUGAUAAUGCACAAGAAUAUAUAACUGCGAAGAAUGACUAUUCACAUCAAAUAGAUAUAAAGACACUUACAAAUAUCUUGUCAAGGAAAACAGAAAAAGGGGGCACUCUUAAACAAAUGGGAUUGGCAAGUGUCGCGUUGGCAGAUAUUGAGGAUCGGCAGGAAAUGCAACAACAAACAACUAGAUACCCAUUCCCAGCCUUACAAUUAGAAGAUGAUUCUAAAAAUGAAGAAUUAGAGAAUCAAGGUCUAAAUUCUGCUGGAAUACCUUUGUUACUUAUUAAAUCAUAUACAUUACCAAAUGUUAAUUAUCCAAGAGUGUCACUGAACAUGUUUACAAUAAAUACAUAUAUACCCUAUCACUUUGUAAUGGUAGCUGAAGGAGAAGCUACAAAGGGUGGAGAUAAAAUGAGUAUACUGACAACUCUAUCAAGUGGUGCUGGUGGUAUAGUAGUAACAAAAAAAAAUAGCAAGAUUAUUUCGUUUAAAUCAUCACUUGAUACAGUAAUGGAAGACUUUCUAUCAGAUAUUCCUCUUCCACUUUUUCCACUUAAAAAAAGAAGUUUUCAGGGAAAAAUUAGGAUUUUUGGAUAUAUCAGGGCAUUUAUUCUAUUAGCUUUACCAGAUGUAAUUAAUAAAAUUAAUCAGGGGGAGAAAAAAAGUGAUAUGUCAGAUAACAUGGACCAGCUUGAUAAUGCAGAGACUUCAAAAAAAAAAGCUGAUGAUAUUUCCGCUGCAAUAUCCUCAAAUCAAAUAAGCCGUUGCUAUAGUUUGGAAACUACAAAGUUUAUUUUGAACCCAAGUAGUUUGUAUAAAAAAUACAAAGGGGAGAAUGUCUAUCCUAACCCAAUUAAAGUAAGAUUAUAUAUACUAGCUGCAUUAGCACUAGUAUUACCAAAAGAUAUUGAUGAAAUUGUACGUUCAGUAGAUAGAUUAAUACCAUCUAACAUUGGAUAUUCAUAUAUUAGCAAAUUGAAAAGUUAUUUAUCUAUUGAUAGUAUAUUAAGAACAGAAAUAAGAGUAAAAUCAUUUUAUAUAUCUAUUGUGUAUGGUACAAAAGAAGAGAAUUUUAGGGCAUUAGCUAGGGAUGGUCCAUCACCAUUAUUUUACAUUUGUCAAGAGUACAAUGUUUCUUUUCCUAUGGAGAGUCGAUUUGAAAUUAGAGUUUGGGCAAUACAAGAAAGAGUAUAUCCAUUUAUUGCAUCAAAAGUUUUAGGCUUAGUAUCUUCAGAGCUAGCUAAAAAUACUAAUCAGUAUUCAGUAGAUGCAGAGGAGUAUAAAAUAGAUGAAAAUGUUUCAAAUACCGAAGCUAUUACACGAAACUCAAAGAUUAAUCGUAAUUCAAGUCUAGAACAGGAAAUAUGUCAGGAACUAGGCCCAGAAUAUGAUAUUUAUAUAGGAAGUACAAUUUUAGACUUGACUGAUAGAUGGCAAAGUAAAGAAUGGCAAUCUCUAAUGAAAGAGAAUAGUAUUCCAAUUGAAUAUCGCCCAUUAUAUUGUAAUAAUACAUCAAAUACUAAUACAGGAAUUUUGCAAAUGUGGGUCGAGAUUAUGAAUGCCAAUUUAUCUUCAACAAUACAGCGAUAUGAGCUAGCUGAACCAGUGCCAACAGAAGUUGAGAUAAGGAUAGUUAUAUGGGCUGGACGUAGUAUUAAGAUUCCGAAAAACAAAGAUUAUGGUGAUUUUGCUAUUCAAGUAUCAUUAGACUGCAAUCAGUAUCAUGGAAACAAGGUUAAAAGUAGAGAAAUAUAUUCUAAACAACAAUUAACUGAUGUUCAUUAUAAUUGUAGAAAUGGUGAGCCAGUAUUUAAUUGGCGUGUGGUAUUUCCAUAUAUUGUGACACCUGUAAGUGGAUGUUUACUGCAGAUAUCAUUAUUGAACUAUAGUACUCUUGGAAAUCAUGAUUUUCUGGGUGAGGUAAAUUUAGACAUGAGAAAAUAUAUUAUGAAUGUUGCUAAUACACUGGAAAUGAUUGAUUCUGAUGUAGAAUUACCAUUAAUUAAUACACAGGAGACAGAUGAGGUAUAUAGAAAUCCAGGAUAUGUCCAACUAACAAUACAAAUUUUAACACAAUCAGAAGCGAACAGUAAAAAAGUAGGAUUAGGUAGAAAUGCACCAAAUCGUCUUCCUAGGCUAAUUACACCAUUUAUUGGUAGAAAAUGGGAAGAUUUUCUGCAGACUAGAGAGAGACAAGAUUUAUUUAAAUCAACAUGGUUUAAGAUAAAAAUUAUUUGCAUUAUUGCAAUGACUAUACUAGUUUUUGUUAUUGGUGCCAUAUACCCAGCCUUAUUUUAUCAAACUGGAAGAGUAUAA